AUGGGGAAAUUCGUUUCUUCUGGGGAAACUGCUGGCUGUGAUCGGAUAUCGGCGAUUCUGGACGAUGAAGGAAGUGGUUUAUUAGCGCUGACAUUAGCGCUGAAUGGAGAAGCACGAAUCGGUGGAUUUUGUGAAUUUGGUGACUUAAACUUAACAGAAAUAUUUAAACAUCCUGAGGAUCCUGACAAGAUGACAAUGUUAACAACUCUCUUUUUUUUACCCCUAAUCGCUUUAGUUAAUGCUGGACCCGUGCCAAUGAUUGUAGGCGGAAUAGUGGCAAAGCCAGGUGAAAUUCCUUAUCAGGUCUCCCUCCAAAUAGCAAAAAUUAGGUACCAUUUUUGUGGUGGAUCCAUCCUCAACGAAGACUACGUUAUAACAGCUGCUCACUGCGUUAAAGAUAUACCACUACAAAUGGUGACUGUCGUUGCUGGCACGGUUGAUGUACGAAUGCCAAUUUCGAAACAUCCCAUUGAGAAGAUUCACGUUCAUGAAAGAUACAACAGCACGGAUGCGUGGGUUAACGACAUCGCCUUAGUCAAGGUCCAAAAUCGUUUUGUACAAUCCUUUCUAAUGUCUUUUGUCCCUAUGCCGACUGCUGGGGAAGUCGUCAUAGCUAACGACUCAGCCAUAGUAUCUGGUUUUGGAACCCUCACGUACGAAGGUGAAAAGACAAAUCUUCUGCACUGGGUGAAUAUCGAAGUUGCAGACCAAGCUUAUUGCAAUAGAAUGUAUAAAAACGUCAUCCAUGACAGCCAGCUCUGUGCAUACGAUCCUGUCGUUAUCAAGGGGCAUUGCAAUGGUGACUCUGGCGGCCCUUUAAUGGUAAAUGGAAAACUCCAUGGUAUCGUGUCUUGGUCGAUGGAUUGUGCUAAUAUCGUAUAUCCAUCCGUAUACACGCGAGUUAGCUCAUACCUUAACUGGAUUAAAGAACAUGCAAUAUAA